AUGGCGGGAAUCAUCCAGAAGAUCGGGGAGAAGCUCCACAUGGGCGGUGGAGCAGAACAGCACAAGGACACAAAAGACGAGAAGCAGCACUCCGGCGACGCCCACAAGCAGCAGGGCGAGCACAAGGAAGGCAUCAUCGACAAGAUCAAGGACAAGCUCCCCGGCGGCGGUGGCGACCACAAGGAAACCGCCGGCACCCACGACGGCGAGAAGAAGAAGAAGAAGAACAAGGACAAGAAGAAGGACAAGAAGGACCACGACGGCGGACACGACAGCAGCAGCAGCAGCGACAGCGACUGA